AUGUUGGUUUAAAUGCUCAGAAUUUAUAGUCUCCAGCUGGAAGGGAGGGGAAAGUAAAACUUAAUGAGAAGCAGCAGUCUCUCAUUUUCUGGAUCAAGCAGAAGGGACGGAUCAUGGAGGGACCCCCUCAUGCUGACAACUGAUGAAGACUGGGCAACAAUCUACCUCGCCGGGAGAGCAACUGCUGUAGCGUUUCCUAUUCAUCAUCAUCAUCAUCAUCAUCCUCAGCAGCAGCAUCAUCAGCAUCAUCAUCGUCAGUUCGAGCGGCACGCACCUCACUUGCUCCACAUCCUCGGGGCCACGAGAGCGCCAGAGCGCAAAGAUGAACAUCCAAGUCCUGCCUGAGCAUAAACUGUCCUCGGUGGCCCCGUUGAAACAGUUUAACGUGGAGAAAAAGGAAGUGGAGCUGAUCCUGGUGAAGGAGCAGAACGGGGUCCAGUACACGAACUCCUCUGUCGUGGCUUCUCCGAGCUCCCGCGGCUGCACCCCCGGCUCCGCUGAGGAUGUGGCCAGAGAGACCUGGGGCAAGAAAAUGGACUUUCUGCUCUCGGUCAUAGGCUUCGCUGUGGACCUGGCCAAUGUGUGGAGGUUCCCCUACCUGUGUUAUAAAAAUGGAGGAGGUGCCUUUUUGAUCCCAUACGUUCUGUUCCUUUUCAUUGCUGGGAUGCCCUUGUUCUACAUGGAACUUGCCUUGGGUCAGUAUAACAGAGAGGGAGCAGCUACGGUUUGGAAGAUCUGCCCUGUAUUUAAAGGUGUUGGGUACACUGUGAUCAUCAUAGCAUUGUACGUGGGCUUUUACUACAACGUCAUCAUAGCUUGGUCAUUGUAUUACUUAUUUGCCUCAUUGACAAGUGAGCUGCCCUGGCUCAAGUGUAAUAACCCAUGGAACAGCCCCAACUGCACAGAACCACAACACAUCAAUGGCACUGUCUUGGGUAACAGAACCUCCUAUGCCAAGUACAAGAACACACCAGCCGCAGAGUUCUACGAGCGCGGGGUGCUGCACAUUCAUGAGAGUAGAGGCAUCGGUGACCUGGGUCUUCCUCGCUGGGAGCUCGCCGUCUGCCUUAUUGUGGUUGUCUUCAUCCUGUACUUCAGCCUGUGGAAGGGAGUCAAGUCCUCGGGAAAGGUGGUGUAUGUUACAGCUACUAUGCCCUACAUAGUGCUGUUGGUGUUGCUGAUUCGAGGCAUCACUCUCCCUGGUGCAAUGAAUGGAAUUAGGGCAUAUCUCCACAUUGACCUAAAGAAGCUCAAUAAUCCUCAAGUAUGGAUUGACGCAGCUACUCAGAUUUUCUAUUCUCUAGGAGCUGGGUUUGGAGUCCUCAUUGCCUUCGCAAGCUACAAUAAAUUUGAAAAUAACUGCUACAGGGAUGCUAUUCUGACCAGCACAAUAAACUGCGUAACCAGUUUCUUCUCAGGGUUUGCCAUCUUCUCAGUACUGGGGUAUAUGGCUCAUCAGCAUCAGGUCAACGUAAAGGAUGUGGCCACUGACGGAGCUGGACUGGUUUUUAUUAUCUACCCAGAAGCGAUCUCAACCCUACCUGGAUCCACAUUCUUCGCGAUAGUCUUUUUCAUUAUGCUUUUGACUCUUGGAAUUGACAGCUCUAUGGGUGGCAUGGAGGCAGUGAUCACUGGGCUGUCAGAUGACUUCAAAAUCCUGAAGAGGAAUAGAAAAUUAUUUACAUUUAUUGUAGCAUUUGGGACAUUCCUAAUAGCCCUUUUGUGCAUCACAAAUGGAGGGAUCUAUGUGUUGACCCUGUUGGACAAGUAUGCUGCAGGGACAUCUAUUCUAUUUGGGGUGCUGAUUGAGGCUAUUGGAGUAGCUUGGUUCUAUGGCGUGGACAGAUUUAGUGAGGACAUUGAACGCAUGACAGGCUUCAAACCAGGGAUCUACUGGAGGCUCUGCUGGAAGUUCGUCAGUCCAACGUUCUUACUGUUUGUGGUAAUCGCCAGCAUUGUUACCUCCGGCGAAUUGAGAUAUGAUGACUAUGUUUUCCCUCCCUGGUCAAAUACGGUGGGCUGGUUCAUAGCCUUGUCCUCCAUGCUGUGCGUACCAAUCUACGCCAUCUACAAAUUCCUUAUUUUGCCAGGCACCUUCAAGGAGAGGAUAGUGUACUGCAUUACUCCAGAACAUGAACAUCACAUGGUGACGGAGGGUAAUGUCAGGCAGUUCAAGCUCAGACAUUGGUUAUCCAUCUGAUGAAGGGGUCAGGUGGGAGUGACCUCUCAAAUGCUACUUGAAUACUGGAGAAGAUAUGGUGUGUGAGAGAGAGAAAAUGUUUCUGCAAAGGUCUUUUACCGUUUGAAAAGUGUCCCCUGAGAAAAGGACAGAAUGAAGCAACGGCUUUGUGCAUUU